AUUUGUUUUUAAUUAAUUUUAUGAUAAGUGGAGAGCUAUAUUUGUGCUAUGACAUAAGUUUUUUUGUUCUAGAACAUUUGUUUUUCACUUUGUUAAACAUCACAUGUCGAACAAAUGCUUAUGUUCUUAUUUGACUUUUUCUGUUAAAGAUUAUAGCUCGGAAAGUCUGACCACUUCCUUUGCCUUAUUUUUCUCAAAACAUAUAGACAGAAUGACACCCAAAAAUCUCUUUUUACUCAUUCUAUUUUUCUCUGAUUUUAUAAUGGAGAUUUUUAGAUGGAAUCCACAGGAUGAACUAGUUAUAAAGGCACCUAAGAAAUCUCCAAUGGUAUUGAGAAUGGUGGUUUUACUUUUCGCUAUGGUUUGUGGAGUUUACAUUUGUUUAAUUUGCUUAAGACAACAAACAAGCAGUAGCAGUAAAAUCAGACUUCUAAAUGUCCGAGUGAAUGACGAGGAGCAGCAUUGUCGUGCUAAUGGAAUCGAAAAAUGGGAAACUCCGCCUGUGCAUUUCCCAAAACCUAAAACCUUCAGCAGAGAGGAAUGCGUGUGCAAUCCAGUACGGUUCUUUGCAAUCUUGUCGAUGCAGAGAUCCGGGAGCGGAUGGUUCGAGACAUUGUUAAAUAGUCAUAUGAAUGUGAGCUCAAAUGGAGAAAUCUUUUCAAAAGAGAGGAGAAGAAAUGUUUCAACAAUUAUAAAUACAUUGGAUAAAGUAUACAAUCUUGACUUCUUCACUAGUGCAUCCAAGAAUGAGUGCACCGCAGCGGUAGGGUUCAAAUGGAUGCUUAAUCAGGGAGUGAUGCAGCACCCCAAAGAGAUAGUAGAGUAUUUCGAUGAAAGAGGUGUCUCUGCAAUAUUUCUCUUCCGAAGGAAUCUACUCCGCAGAAUGAUUUCUGUGCUUGCUAAUGUCUAUGACAGUCAGGCUAAGCUGUUGAAUGGAACCCACAAGUCUCAUGUGCAUUCGUCAAAAGACGCUCAAAUACUAGCAAAAUACAAGCCUAAAGUCAAUGCCUCAAUACUGGUACACAAUCUGAAGCAAGCAGAGAAGACAACUACCAGGGCUUUGGAAUACUUUAAGAGCACUCGCCACAUUGUUCUAUACUACGAGGAUAUAGUCAACAACCGAACUAAACUUGUUGACGUUCAAGAUUUUCUGAGGCUGCCAUAUCGAGAGCUUACAAGUCGGCAGGUUAAGAUCCACAGCGGGCCUUUAUCAAAGCAAAUUGACAACUGGGGUGGUGUCCAAAAAGCACUUGAGGGAACAUCAUACGAGCACUUCCUCCAUGUUGACUACCAAUUGUAGCGUUUUUUACUUCAGCACAGCAAUUGGAUUGACGUAAAUAACAGCCUUAGAAUCAAUUUUUGCUACGAGAAGUGAAAGCUCUUACAAUUUUGACAGCAGAGGAAGAAGCAUCUCAUGCUGCCACAUUAAUUUGCUUUUUCCAUUUUUUUCAUAUUCUCAUUUAUACACCAUUCAUUUGAGCACUACCCAUUUUUCUCAUGUUGCCCUAGGCUUCUUCCUGUACAUUUCUGCUCAUCAAUGUGAAUUAAGCCGCAGUUUUUUUUUUAUGUCAAUUAAUUUACCCAGAUUGUAAGCCAAAGAAAAUGAUGAUGGGGUCAACGAAUUACCAAUUUUUUUAGGGCAAACAAGUCUGAAUGUUGAUUGAUAAUUGUACAAUUGCUUUUCUUAUUUUA